AUUUUUGACAAGUGAAGCACAUGGCGCACUUACCGAGAGAAAGGUUAAACUUUUGGUUGACAUGGGCCCUAAACCUGUCCAUGGAGGUAUCUUCCACGUUGGAAGGUUUCCAAAGGCAUUUGGGAUCUACUGGCAAUUGAGGUUCCAUACUUCAAUGACAAGGUGCAGGUACAAGCGUGUGAAUCUGGAUGAAUAUUCAGGGCGGCCAAAAUUCAACGUUUUGCUCCCAAUUAUUUCAAUGUCACAUUUUGAAAGACCGACAGGUGUCGCAAAAUAUGUCUUUCGACUUGGCCAAAAACUCAGACUCAACUUCUUUCACUUUUGCUUCUAUAUCCAUGACUCAAAAAGGUCACUUUGUUGUCGGCACCAGCCGCACCGCUCCUGCCUCAAUCUACUAUGAAAUACAUGGAAAUGGCCCGGAGAAGGUUUGCCUUAUCAUGGGUUUGAGUACGUCGAUACAAGGAUGGUCAAACCAGACGGAAUACCUCGCCUCUACUGGCAAAUAUACUGUACUUGUCUUUGAUAACAGAGGUGUAGGCUUCAGUGAUUCACCUUGGGGACUUUACUCCACUUCUCAAAUGGCUGAUGAUGCUAUCGAACUGCUAGACCACUUGGGAUGGAAGGAGAGUAUUAAUGUGGUUGGUAUCUCCAUGGGCGGAAUGAUAUCUCUGGAACUUACGGACCGGAUUCCUGAAAGAAUAGCCUCAUUGACGCUGACAAGUACAACAGCCCGACGAAAUGUCCCAACUUGGAAACUGGUUAAUGCCCUUACGAGAAUCGCUCUCUUUACACCCGACCCAAGAGAUAAGGUGAACAUCAUCAUCGAUCUAUUGUAUCCGCCUGAGUGGUUGGCGAGCUCCCCCACAAACCCCAAGUUAUCGAAAUACAAAACCAACCGAGAAUAUGCUACACAUAGUUUCAUCAAGCAUGCGACAAAGUCCCGCCUUCAGCCCCUACGUGGUAAUAUUGGUCAGACAGCGGCAUGUCUUCGUCAUUCUGUGUCGGACCGAAGAUUGAAGAGUAUCAAGGAGAGAAAUGUGCCUACGAUGGUGGUGACUGGCACUAUCGAUAAUUUCAUCAACCCUGCCCAUUCGCAUCAUCUUCAAGAAAUGUUAGAUGCCAGACUCGAAAUUUUUGAAGGCAGCGGCCACGCCCUCCCGGAAGAGCAAUCUGAUCGCUACAAUGCCUUGCUUGAAGAGUUUUUCGAUGCUACAAAGAAAAGCAAACUGUAGAUACACUCCAGACUACUCCUCCUAUAUUUAUAUUUAAUUCUAUUCAUCUGUAUUCUUUACUUGUAACUCUAUUGUAUUCUAUACCAGCUAUGUACGUGUCUACCACCGACUUACAUUAUAGUUUCAGAUUAAAUUCAGCAGGCAUCGUGGUAUAUGGUCUUUAACCUUAAAUGUCUUCGCCAAGUGUUUUUGCUUGUUCUCCAACUUCAGUCAUUGCGAAUAAGCUUUGUAGUUGGAGAUUCACCGUGGUAGGUGAGCUAUUCGUAUUGAGCCGUUUUUAUACCACAAGGCAAUGAACAGGUUUGUGGUCUCCAUUGUCC